AUGCGGCCCCCCUUUUUUCGCGGCCUCGUCGCCCUCCCCCCCCGUGCGGCUCUGUCGCCGCCCUUUCGCGACCUCGUCGCCGCCCCUACGCGGCUUCGUCGUCGCCCCUACGCGGCCUCGUCGCCGCCCAUACGCGACUCCGUCGCCGCCCUCCCCUUCGCGGCUCUGUUGCCGCCUCUUCGCGGCUUCGUCGCCGCCCCUUGCCGCCUUUCGCGGCCCCUCCAGGACCCGUCGCGGUCCCCUUCCCUCUCGUCUGCAGCAGCUGUUGCCGCUGACCCUGCAGCAACUACAGCCGCGGCCGGACCUGCAGUAGCAGCCGCCGCCGAGCCAGCAGCAGCAGCCGCGGUCGGACCUGCAGUAGCAGCCGCCGCCAGACCUGCAGCAGCUGCCGCGGCCCAGCCUACAGCAGCAGCCGCCGCCGGACCUGCAGCAGCUGCCGCCGCCGAGCCUGCAGCAACAGCCGCGGCAGAGCCUGCAGGCGCAGCCGCUGCCAGACCUACAGCAGCGGCCGCCGCCGACCCUGCAGCAGCAGCUGCCGCCGACCCUGCAGCAGCAGCCGCCACCGGACCUCCAGCAGCGACCGCCGCCGACCCUGCAGCAGCUGCCGUCGCCGAGCCAGCAGCAGCAGCCGCCGCCAGACCUGCAGCAGCUGCCACCGCCGGGCCUGCAGCAGCAGCCGCCGUUCGAGAAUACCACAGCAGCCGCCGCCGUCCCUGCAGCAGCGGCCUGAAGUUUGAUACUUGGCUUGAUGACCUGCACCUCUUCCUACAGCUCACUGCCAAGGAGGACAUUUCACUGUACGAUCACGCCCUAGGCCAUGCUACUGCCCCUGACACUACUGCUGACAGCACUCUGCGCUCCCAGUGGCAGACCCGUGACGCGCACGCUCGCUUCGCUAUUCGCAACUCCCUACCGCUAGAUGAGCGCGAGCACUUCGGCCAGUGCAAGACUGCUAAGGAACUGUACACAGCCGUAGUUGCUCGUUACUCCUCACCUGCGUCUGCCGCACUAGGCCGCCUCUCACUGCCCUACCUGUUCCCCGACCUGGCCUCCUUUCACACUGUUGCUGACCUCAUCACCCACCUCAAGACUAUCAGGGAUUCCUUUCUAGCUCGCUCCCCUACUGAGCUCACCAUUGCCCUCCUCGAGAAGGACCUACUUGCAGCUGAGGCGAGCAUCGUCGCCGUAGGUGCCUCUCGUGGCGAGCCCCGCACCCCCUUCUUUGAGGGGUGUUCCCCUUCCCCCCUUCUCCCCUCUGUCGCCUCUGCUUCUGCUGUCGACCUCCUUGGUGCUGAGAAGGUCGGGGCCGCGUCUGCUUCGAGCGGGCGCCGCAGGACCAAAGGAGGCAAGGGUGGAGGAGGCGGCCGGGGAGGCGGGGGUGGAGGCGGUGGGAGUGGAGGCGGAGGGGCUGGAGAGACUAGUGGCGGCAGUGGGGGUAGUGACGGCAGCGGCGGAGGCGGUGGCAGGGGCGGGGGCGGCAGCGGGGGCGGCGGUGGUCGUGGCAGCGGCAGGGGAGGGGGUGGUCGAGGAGGUGGCAGCGGCGGUGGUGGUCGUGGAGGCGCUGGCGGUGGUCCGAGCCAGCAGCACACUCCGUCGCUCCAGGAGGCCCGUGAGUGGUAUGCGCAGCGUGGGGGGGCGGGUGGCCUUAGCUGCACGUACGUCAUCCGCACUGGUGACCGCGCUGGUCAGACGUGUGGGAAGCCGCACCCCACGCCGCGCUGUUUCGCGCGCCUUGACGACGCUUGGCGCACUCAGUUCCCUGACGGCAAUGAGCUGCCCCGCUGGUUUGAUCUGGAGAAGAAGGGAGUUGAUAUCUGGGCUUUAGACUUUGAUGCUAUUCUCACUGCCAUGUAUGCUAUGUUUACUAGUGGAGAGGGUGCUCAGUACUUGCGUGUUCCGCCCGACCCGGGCAUUCUGACCAGUGAGGCUGCUGCUCUAGGUGCUAGUGCGUCUGCAGCUCCAGGUGCUCGCGUGUCUGCUACCCCAGGUGCUGGUGAGGCUGCCGCUCUAGGUGCUGGUGAGUCUGUCUCCCCUGGUACUGAGUCGACUGCGGCACUGCACACCUUCACACUGGACUCAGGUGCUUCUCGCUGUUUCUUUCGAGAUCGCACUGCCCUUGAGCCACUCGCUCGGCCAGUUGCUGUCUCCCUCGCUGACCCCUCUGGGGGUCCGGUCAUUGCGACCUCCUCCACUGUUCUUCCCUGUCCUGCGGUCCCGUCUGGCACACUGACGGGGGUGUUCACCAGUUCACCCCUGCCUACGAGCGCGUGA